AGACAAAAGGACGCACUUUGCUUCGCGUUCUUGGCCGCAUGGCGGAUGUGCUGCCGGAGGUGCAGGCAGUGCUCAAAGGCCACGGCAGCUUGCAGGAUGCAGACCGCGCGCUGCAGGGUGAGAUCGACGAGGUGCUCCAGGCCUCUUUGUGCGCGGCUGUGAAGGCAUCACACCAGCAGAUGGUGCAGCUCUUGCUGCGGAGAAAGGCAGACGUGAAUGCACAGGACCAACGCGGCGUAUCUGCCUUGCACCUCGCCGCCUUUGAGGGCCGGCAGCAAAUUCUGCGGCUUUUGCUGUCCAGCAGGGCGCAGCCGAAUUCUCAGGACCGGCAAGGACAGACACCAAUGUUCUUUGCAGCUACGCGGCAGACAUGUGAGCUUUUGCUUGCCCACAAGGCUGAGGUGGACAUUUGUAAUGCCAAGCGGCAGACUGCGCUGCACUUCUUGGCACAUGCUGGUUUGCAUGAUGCCAUCCUUUGCUUGCUGGAGGUCUUCCACGUCUCCGCCUUGGACCUCCAGGACGGUCAAGGCCGUACUCCCCUUUGGUACGCUGCACGCUCAAAGGUGGCCUCCAUUGCCGGCCUGCUGCAGAGUAAGAGGCAGGAGAUUCAGGAACGCAAUGAGGACCACGCGCACCCGGAGAAGGUGCAAGAAGCGGAGGUGCCUCGCAAAGACGCCUCCGAAUCAGCGACAGCUCCAGUGCCUCCCGCGGCCCAAGCUGAAGAGGCAGCGAAAACAAAUGAAGAAGCACAAGUUGAAGAGGCCGUAUCUCAACCCGAGCCGGCCGAAACAGAAGCGCUGGAGUCGACCAUGGUUCCAAAGAUCCAUGUGGAGAAGGUGGAAGCCACCCUAGACGCUCAAGAUGCAGAGUCAGAGCCUCCAACGCCGCAGACAAAGUGUCCAGAGGGUCAUGACUUGAUGGCCUUUGAGACGCCUGAGGAAGGAUACUUAUGCAGCGUGUGUGAAUGCGAAUUUUCCAUGGGCACAACUCUCUAUGGAUGUCGGCCCUGCGACUACGAUCUUUGCAGGGACUGUGUGGGCAACGUUGCCGUACAUUCCACCGGUUUCCGCAAGGACUUUGUGGCAGUGUUCCCUGAGCUCCAAGACUUCUCCGGCUUCGGGGACAGCGGCAAGUCACUGCUGCAAGGCACCGGGGAACAGGUGGACACGCCCUCCGCAUCAGAGACCGACUCCUUCCUAUCUCAGCAGGCCUUUGCAGACGAGGCACAGCAACAGAUCGAGGAGGAGAACGGAUGUCUCUACUGGCAAGUUCUCCUGAAAAAGAGCAGUGAGGACGACAAAUAUGGCUUUGCCCAGGCCAAUGGCAAGGCGGACUUUGAGCGCUGCCUCGGGUACAAGGAUGGCAACAAGAAGUCCAAGGUGCCGCGUCUGGAGGGUCCACAGAUGCUGGUGGUGAAGCGCGUCUAUCCGGGAGGCCUUUUGUCCAGGUGGAACGAUCGGGUGCCGCAACUGGAGGUGAAGCCACACGACCGCGUCGUGGCGGUAAACGACAAGACCACAGCGGAGGGUAUGGGGACGGAGGUGCAUGCGCCCCGGAUCUUUUUGCAAUUGAUGAGGUUUCCGGACCGUUUCAUCGUGGCCCUCAGCAAGGAGAACGGCCGACGCCUGGGCUUCCGCUUCGAGCGGCCCCAGGGCAGCUUUGCCGAGGAGGUGCGAAUCACAGAGAUUCUGGACGAGGGAGUCCUGAUGACGUACAACCAGCACCAGGUCAGUCAGAACCGCUACGCCUUCGUGGUGCUGCCGGACAUGCGCGUAGAUCGUGUGAACGACGUUUGGGGCAACGCCGAGCACAUCGCUGAAGAGCUUAAGACGGCCACCAACGUCGAGUUGCACAUCCGCCGAGCAGAGUACUUCUCCUCGCCCUCCAACUGAGAUGAACGCUGUGGCUUCUUGAUUGAUGCUUUUGUGUUUCUGGGUUUCUAGUUUCACACGCGCAAGGGCGCCGAACGGCACUUGCAAGAUCAGGCGCCUCAGUGGCUCAAUCCAAAUCUCCUGAAGGAGAAUUGGAGAGUUGCGGAAGAAGCAGCAG